AUGUCGGCGGGACCGUACGGGACCAUCAUGGACGAGUUGGGCGGCUUCACGGAGGUGCCCAUCUCGUACCGGCACAUCUCGCGGUUUCAGCCGUACCGGGUGCAACCGUACCAGUCGCACGUACAGCCCGUGGCCACUCGCAAGGUCAAGUCAUCGACGGCAGUGGAACGGCGGACCAUGGCCGGCGGGUGUCAGUACGACGAGAACCGGCCCACGCACGUGCACCGUCUGUACCCCGAAAUACUGGCGUUGAUCUUCAGCUACCUGGACGUGCCGGACAAAGGCCGUGCCGCCCAGGUGUGCACGGCGUGGCGUGAGGCCGCUUGGUACAAGUCGGUGUGGCGCGGAGUCGAGGCCAAGAUCGACAUGUGCCGGUCGUCGCAUCCCAUGUACGAGAGCCUCAAGCAGCGCGGGAUCAAGCGAAUCCAGGUGCUGUCCGUGUCCCGGUACAAGUGUCUGCGCGAGAUCGUCCAGAACGUACCCAACCUGGUGUCGCUGAACAUGAGCGGCUGUUACCACAUCAAGGACGAGGACCUGCAUCAGAUGUUCCUCGAACACCACCCGAACAUCACCGAACUCAACCUGUCGCUGUGCAAGCAGCUCACCGACGGCGGUCUAAUACGGAUCGCCGACACGCUCCGCGGCCUCACCCGGCUCGAGAUCCAGGGCUGCUCGUACAUCACCAACAAGGGUUUCUCGCACAUCGCGCGAAAACUCAAGAAACUCAAGUAUCUCAACCUGCGGUCGUGCUGGCACCUGUCCGACGUGGGCCUGUCGCACAUCAGCGGCGCCAGCAAGGACUCGACGGACGGCAACGCGCAACUCGAGUUCCUGGGACUACAAGACUGCCAGCACAUCACCGACGAGGGCCUCAAGUACGUGUCCGAGGGCCUGCGCUCCCUGCGCAGCCUCAACCUGAGUUUCUGCGUCAACAUCACGGACACCGGUCUAAACUACGUGUCGCGCAUGAACACGCUGGACGAGCUCAACCUGAGCGCGUGCGACAACAUCUCCGACAUCGGCAUCGGUUACCUGUCCGAGGGUUGCACCAAGUUGGGCAGCCUGAACGUGUCGUUCUGCGACAAGAUCGGUGACCAGGCGCUCCUGCACGUCUCCCACGGGCUGUACGGCCUGCACACCCUGUCCUUAGGUUCGUGCCAGAUAUCCGACGAUGGCAUACUGUACAUAUCGAAAUCGCUACGCAACCUCGAGGUGCUCAACAUUGGCCAGUGCAACUCGGUCACCGACAAGGGCCUUGAGCAUUUGUCGGAUUCGUGCAAACUGUUGCGGUCCAUAGACUUGUACGGGUGCACGAAGAUCACCAAAGAAGCCAAAGAGAAGAUUCUGAAAAUGCCAAACAUCAGGAGGGAUACGGUCAACGAAGACUUGUGGCAACUUAGAUGA